CUCACUUCUGCUGGCAUUCACUCUUUCAGUCGGGCUUCCUCUCUUUCUUUCCGAUCAUUGAGCCAGUCGACGUGUUUUUGUCUUGUUCUCGUCUUGUUCUCUAUCCAAUUUAACGGAUAUCCUUACCAACUCACUGAUUCAGAUAUCCAUGAUGGCCUCCUCCCAAGGUGAAAGUCGUUCAAAUUCUCUGCCCAAAGCCCCUGAAUUCUCGAAUCUAGAGGUUCGAAGCACUUGGGGUGGUAGCCUGGAUGAGCCAGUGGAUCUCAGAAUCUCUUUGGUGGCUCAUUGCGUACCAAGCACGAGAAUCCCCCUAUUAAAUGUCAGAUCUGCGAGAAUAUCCGUCCUCAAAACACGUUUGAUCCGGCUUCAGUCUGAUGAAUCAAGCGAUGAUAAUCUGUCAAGCACAAGUUCCCCUCAGAGCCCUCUAUUUGGCUUCUCAUCUGUACCGGAUGAUCAGGACAAUAACUAUGAAGCACAUGGCCUGGGUAUUGAGGGGUCCAAUGUGGUAGAGACGGUGAAUUCCGCUGUGAUGAUUGACGAAGCAGGGUCCUCGACUAGCGGAACUACAGAGAACCGCUUCGGUCGUCAUGCUGUAUCAACUUCGUUAGAUCCUCCGUAUCAUUCACCAUCCGUACCAGGCUUACGUUCGAACUUCGCUAAGUGCGAAGAUUGGUCGAUGCUCCAACGCCUGGGAAAAAGAAGUGCAGCCGCAGCGUGUCUGACGGAUUCCGAGUCAGGUUCUGUCAAGGCCGAGGGCUCCGACCGAAAAGAAACGCGGAACGGCAUGGCUAGUAGUAUUACAAAUGCGGAACCCAGCCAGAACGCAGCGCAUGACUCAAAAGGACUGAAUGGACACCUGGCUACCAACUCUCCGCUUUCCGGAAUACAACCCGAUGGUGUUUCCCUGAAGUCUAUAUCCCAGUCGGGACGUCUAGGAAAGGGAGUAACUGCUGAUUCUAUAACUGGCGACCCUGUCGUCGCUCCUAGCAACACCCAAAUUAAUGGGCUAGUUGAUGUUUCCGAAGAUAAGGGAGUAGUAGCCGAUACAGAGGUCGGAACUCGGGAGGUCGGUAUUACCACCACAUUGGAUACUGAUAACCAUCUAAUCCACAUUUCUAAGAGCCCGGUGACUACUGGAUCCGGGUUUGGCCGGUCUGCUGUGGACAUGUUCUCAAUUGAUGAGGGUAUGUUGUCUGCAGAGCAUGCAAACAAAGGCACCUCAGGAGCAUCGAAUGGCAUGUUUGAGCAGUCCCUUGGGGCGACUCGAAAGCCAGAUUUUGCAGAGUUUAGCUCCGCUACAACUGCACAUACACUCCUUAGUUCCAGCCCUGAUCAUGCCGUCACACCAGAUAAAAACGAACAGAGCAUGAAUUCAUGGGCCUCUCUUCUUCCAAAGCUCACCAUACCACGAACAUCCUAUCAGGAAUUUGGAAAGGACAGCCUUAGGCACGAUGGUGAUCACGAUGCACACUCACCAAGGCAAUGUGAGCCGGAGUUCGACGUUAACUCCGGCAUCUUGUUCAUUAGGAAUCCUUGCAAUCUUCAGCCGGCAUCAUACAAGCUUGUAAUCACCCUAUCGGUCUUCCUGCGAGAAGGGAAGCAGAGGGGAUGGAAUGAACUAGUAAUACAAGGACUUCCCAAGCUGAACAGUGGCGAGUGCGGGUUCCUUCUCUUCCGCAUCCCGAAAAAGUACGGCCUUGAGCUCCGUACGACAAGCUUACAGAGGUAUAAGAUUGUGGAGAACUGUUUCAUGGCUGAAUUUUGUUCCACAGGCGACCUUGUGAUUCCGCUUCGCAGGUGUCACCGGAAGUUCUACGGAAUUGUCAAGGAUUUUAUUGUUCACCAGGAAAUCAGGGCUGAAUAUGUCGUCAACUCUGACAAACGAGAUUCUCAGUCAGACGUGCAGGUGAAAUACCACGCAAUCUGCUCUGUCAGACUUCACAAUCGUUGCUUCUGGGCCGAGAAAUGCUGCCUCCGGCUUUCCAUCGACGGCGGUCCAGAGAGCUCCUUCCAUAGCAAGCUUGAUUCCCAUAGAGGCGGACUGGAGAUGAUCCACAUCACCCCUCAAGAGGGCACUCCUAUUGGUAUCUCGUGCCUGGAAAUUAUCUGCUCCCCCGGAGAUCUAGAAUUGUUUUGUGUGGACUGGACAGUCCGGCUUCCUCAAGAACGAGCAAUCAGUUGGCUCCCGCGAAUUUAUCCGGCAUCAUAUAUGACCUGUGACCGUGUUAGACAUCAACUUCGGUACACGUUUGAAAAUAUGGAGGCUGCCUCACUCUCACAGACUGAGCGCUUCUGCGACCACGAAAACGAGCAAUUCCCAGGAGGAGACUUUGAGCCCACGAACGAAGGCAGCGUUACUGGUAUUGCAGACCCCGAAGACCCUGUCCAAUUGUCACCGAUCAAACUUGUACAGGAGUAUCACGAGGCCAAGGGGCUUUGGGGGACAUUGAACGUCGUAAAAAUCGUUCUUCUCGGCUGCAUAUGCAUACCCUAUGUGUUGGUCUUCGUGUUCGCGUUCCCAUGGCUCAAUCGGGCUGUCAUGGACGUUGUGACAUGGCCCGAGGAGAAUUCCACUAUUACUGUCCCGAUCAAUGGUCCGAAUAUGAGCCAGGGAGGGAUGGUGUACUGGCAUAUCGAGCCCUGGGAGGCCAAAGUGGAUGACAGUCCGAUUCCCACGCAAGAUGCCGAGCCAAUUGAAGAGAGAUUGGUUGUAAACAAGCCCACGGAUGUUGAUUUGGGAUUCGACGGAUCCGCACCAGAGCCAGCCCUCGAGUCGAAUGCGGAACGUACCUUGACUUUCCGGGACAAGGUUGAUUACUGGCUUGGUUGGCGGGGACCUGUCGAGCAUUCUGUUGACGGUGAGAUUGACGCGUAACUGCAAGCUGGCUAAGGAUAGGAGAAACUCAGGAAAGACAGGAGGAGAGUAGGCGCUGCUUAUCU